AAAGAGAAGUAUUAAAAUUCUCAACUUGGGAUUUCUCCACAGCUGUAAGGGCUUUUCAUUUCAUUAAUUGCAAAUGUAUGAAUAACAAAAUGGAAAAUCAAGAAUUGUAAUACAAUUAGAAAAUUCUACACCUACAUCAAGCACCCGAACUUGGCAUCGGGAAGAAGAGAAUAAAAAUGGUGAAUGCAAACUUGGGGUUUCCGAUGAAAUUCACUAUUUUUUGAUUUGCUUCUUACUUUUUCUAUUCAUUAGUGAAAUCUUCUAUCUGAGAUCAUUCUCUUUCUUUUUAUGAAAUUGUCCUUUGUUUGUUUAUAUAUAUGUAAGAGAUUCAUGCUUCAACUUUGUUAUUUUUGUUUUUAGAGUGAAUUUAGAGACAGGAAUUAACCCUUGUUAAAAGCUACUGUUAAGAAAAUUCAGUGACCAACUGAAGGAACUGGAGAGAUCCUCCUCUGGAAGGAGCCUCAUUCGAUUUUGUGUAUAAUUCAGUUCUGUCACAAGUCACAACUCCAUAGUCCACUCUCUCAGUACAGUAAUGGAUAUUAGCGAGUUGACUCAGUUCCAGAGGGCCCAGAUGGAGGCGAUUCUUGGGUCUGACUCUAGUGUUCAUUUUGAAACCUUUAUCUCGGAUCUCAUGUCGAGCUCCUCUGAGGCUGAGUUAAUGUUGGACAUGAUCAAGCAGGAGAAUUCUAACUUGCUUGCUGUUAAGCUUGCUAACCUUCUUGACUCUCCCCAUAUCACUGAUGAUUCACGCGCUAAGUGUGCUAUCGUCCUCCAAAAUUUGUUUUUUGGGGAUGAUGGAUAUGGUUGGCGCAAUCUAAGUCUAUCGACUCGGUCCAGUGUGCAAUGUAUCCUUCUGAACCGUAUCAAGAUUGAAGAAUCAAAAUCCAUUAUCCAGAACCUUUAUAUUACGCUUUGUGUAAGCCUCCAAGAUAACAAGGAGUCUGAAGUACGUAGCUUGUUCAACCAAUAUUAUGACAGCUCCAUUUAUAUCAAGGUAAUAGAGCCCGCUUUGUCAUUAGUUUCCCAGUGCGCCAAACAAGGAGAGGACUUAUCAUCAGCCCCUUGGAUCAAGGAUAUAUUACUAGGUGCACUGAAUGGUUGCAGUGAUAUGAGAUUGAGGAUGGCUGCCCUGAGGGCAGCGAUCGACAUCAUUCAGUGCCUCCCGAGUUCAAACGAUAAAGACUGGUAUCAGGGUUUAUUGCCAGCUUUGUUGGGGACCUUGACAGAAGCAUUGAACAAAGGUGAGGAGGUUACUGCCAGGGAAGCGCUGGAACAUUUUGUUGAGUUUGCUGAGAAUGAACCUAGGUUCUUAAGGAUGCAACUAGUAGAAGUGGUGGCUACCAUGUUUGAGAUAGCAGAGAAUGAGAGUUUGGAAAAGGAGACGAGGCACUUGACGAUUAAGUUUCUGAUAACUUUGGUUGAGGCGAAAAAGGAAGCUCCCGGCAUGAUGAAGAAAUUACCAUUAUUUACUAGCAACUGUUUUGCUAUGUUAUUGAAGUUGUUACAAGAUGUUGAGGACGAACCACCUUGGAACAAUAUCCACAAGGUUGCAUUUUGGGAAUAUGGUAACAUUAUGGUUGGGAUCUGCUAUUUCGAUCGCCUAUCUCGUGCAUUAGGUGCUAAGACUAUUGCUCCUGUUGCUAAAGAGCAGCUCUCUGCUUGCUUGGCUGCCCCCGACUGGGAGAAACGCCAUGCAGCACUUCUUGCACUUGCUGUUAUUUCUGAAUGUUGCCCGAAGGUGAUGCUUACGAGUAUGGAGGAACUGGUUCUGAAUUGUUUCCUGAACAUGGUUCUGAAUUGUUUCCAUGAUCCUCACCCUCGAGUAAGAUGGGCCGCUAUUAGGGCAAUUGCCUUGUUUUCGACCUUCUUCUGUCCACAGCUGCAAGAACAAUUCCAUGAUCAAGUAUUACCUACAUUAGCUGCAGCUAUGGCAGAUUUUCAAAAUCCAAUAAUACAGGUACAAGCCUCGGUUGCUUUCUACAGGUUCUAUACAUCCUCUAAGCCAGAAACUUUGAUACCUUUCUUCGAUGGAAUGAUUAACAAUCUGUCUGUAUUUCAACAGAAUGACAAACAAAUGGUCCAAGAUGCAGCAUCAAUGGUGUUUACUGGUAUAGCUAAAUUGUCUAAGGAAUACUGCAGAAUAAACUAUGACACUGUUAUGCAGUACUUAAAAACCGCCAUGGCAAACAGAAACUUUAAUGUAUUAGGUCGGGCCAGAGCAAUAUACUCCAUAAGCUAUCUUGGGUUCGCUGUUGGCAAAGAGAAAUUCAGAGAUGACGCAAAACAGGUCUUCUACAAACUUUGUCCAGUAACCAAUACUUCUAGUCUAGUCACAUAUGAAUGACAUCAAUGUUUAAAGCACAAAUUUGGGACUCGAGUCACGAGGAGAGGCACUUUCAUAACAUUGCGGAGUGGUUAUGGGAAUUUUAGUUUUAUGGGAUCAAUAUUUCAGUAGCUGAUGCAUUUAUCUUAUUCAUGCUUUACUAGUACAAUUAGAGUCCCUUAUGCCCCAAAGACAUGGUGUACACGUUUUACGCAUUGGAUUACUUUUCUUGCUCACCCGACA